AUGGCUUCAGUGACUCUGGGUUCAUGGGUUCACCACAAUCAUCAACGUCGUCCUUAUACUUCAUCGCUCUUUACACAAUCCAAAACAGCCAGAUCCAGAUCUUCCUCCCUCAUGACCCUUAAACCCAUCUUCAUCAACUCAAAACGCACCGUUUCGUCGUCUUCCUACAUCGUCUCCUCUUCCGUCGUCACCACAAAAGAAGACAAUCGCAAAUCCUCUUCCUUCGAUUUCAUGUCUUACAUCAUCACCAAAGCCGAAUCCGUCAACAAAGCCUUAGACUCCGCCGUUCCCCUCCGUGAGCCGCUCAAGAUCCACGAGGCCAUGCGUUACUCUCUCCUCGCCGGAGGAAAACGGGUCAGACCCGUUCUCUGCAUCGCCGCUUGCGAGCUCGUCGGAGGAGAGGAGUCCCUCGCCAUGCCUGCCGCUUGCGCCGUGGAAAUGAUCCACACCAUGUCGUUAAUCCACGACGACCUACCGUGUAUGGACAACGACGACCUCCGCCGCGGAAAACCCACGAACCACAAAGUGUUCGGCGAAGACGUCGCCGUUUUGGCCGGAGACGCGCUUCUCUCCUUCGCUUUCGAGCAUUUAGCGUCGGCGACUAGCUCCGAGGUUUCUCCGGUGAGAGUGGUUCGAGCUGUGGGAGAAUUGGCUAAAGCCAUUGGAACCGAAGGGCUCGUAGCAGGACAAGUGGUGGAUAUAAGCAGCGAAGGGUUGGACUUAAACGACGUCGGGUUAGAGCAUUUGGAGUUUAUCCAUUUGCACAAAACGGCGGCGUUGCUUGAGGCCUCUGCGGUGUUAGGUGGGAUCGUUGGUGGAGGAAGCGACGAUGAGAUCGAGAGGCUGAGGAAGUUCGCGAGGUGUAUCGGGUUGUUGUUUCAGGUGGUCGAUGAUAUCUUGGACGUGACGAAAUCUUCUCAAGAGCUGGGGAAGACUGCUGGGAAAGAUUUGAUUGCUGAUAAAUUGACUUAUCCCAAGAUUAUGGGUUUGGAGAAAUCGAGAGAGUUCGCUGAGAAAUUGAACAGAGAUGCUCGUGAUCAGCUUUUAGGAUUUGAUUCCGACAAGGUGGCUCCGUUGUUGGCUUUGGCUAAUUACAUUGCCAAUAGACAGAACUGA